AUGUUAUUCAAGGGUGUAACCUUCUCUGAGGCCUAUGUAGCAUGUAAACGUCGUUUUGGCAAUGUCUUCCAAUUUUGGCUGGGUGUGACACGUGUGAUUGUGAUCAGUGGCAGUGGUGAUGUGAAACAUAUUUUUACUCAUCGACAUAUCUACGAUCAAGGUGAUGCGUUUACCAGAGUAUUUAGUAUUCUUAUUCCGAAUGUAACUAUUUCUCUCAAAGAUUUAAUUGUUGACAACACUGACAAAUUAUUAUCGAAAUGGCGUGCUUGUUCAUCUAACAUAGUUCGUCUCGACAUCGUUAAACAAUGUCAGAAACUAUCACUCAAUAUUUUCGGGUUUAUUGCAUUUGAUUACGGUUUGAAGACACUUGAUGAUGAUGACGAUUUAGUGACGAACGAUCUCGCUCGCGCAUUGCAAGAUAUAUUAGAUAUAGUUCAACAAAUUCUCCGUGAUCCCAUUAUACUUAGUAAAAUCUAUUUGCAGUUCAGUCAACGCUACCAACAAUCGAAAUCAGUCAUUGAACAAUAUUGUAAUGAAAUAAAAGCACACGAAUUGACUGAAAGUCUUGAAUCGAUUGUCUCACGAAAGAGGACAUCGCUGAUUGCUUCGCUUCUUUCCUCGUUAUCAAAUGAUGAACAACAAACAGAAACGAAAGAAACUGAAGAAGGAAAAAAGGUGAGUUCAUAGAUCAGAAAAAAAUCAUGUAUUGAACGAAAAAAACAUUCUCUAGGUUUGUCUUGAAGUGAAAUAUUAGAUGAAAUGAUUUUCUUUCUCAUUGCUGGAUUCGAAACAGUAGCUACGGCUGUCUCUUGGUUUAUCUAUCAUAUGAGUAAACAUCCAGAAAUACAAGAGCAAAAUCAAGGCCUAAUUAAACAAUGACAAUGAUGCAAUCCAACCCUUAUCAUUAGAAUAUCUUGAUUCACUCGUCUAUGUGGAUGCUGUGGUGAAUGAAGUUUUACGAUAUACUCCACCAUCGCAUGGAACUUUUCGUACAUUAACUGCUGAUGAUCGUUUACCUGAAAGUGGCGUUCAGCUAUGCAAAGGUGAUCAAGUCUUUAUAUCCAUUAAUCAUCUUGCACAAGAUCCUGAAAAUUGGUCGAUCGAUCCUGAAAUAUCUUCCUGAAAAUCUUCUUCCAUCCUUUUACUUCUUUGCUUGUAUUUUUUAACAAGGUAACGUUUAUCUCGAAGUUUUUCAAAAUCUUAUAGAAGACUUUUAAAAUUGAAGAAAACUAAAGACAUAACAUACGAAUAACGUUUUUCGAGUUUAUGGGCAAAGUUAAGAAUAAAAAUUUUAAAACCAAUGCG